CUGAUAAUAGUGAUACACAAUGCCUGAUCAGGACAAAAAGUUGAAGAGCACAGAAAAAGCAACAGGCAAAAAACCUCAUGGGAUGUCUAUGAGGGAUUAUUCUGACCUUAAAAGACUUCAGUCUCUCUUAAAUAUUCAGUCAAGCAACCAACAGCUUCCAGCAAUACGCUUUGACAGCAGUCAAACCAGUGUGACAAAAGCUCGUCAGAACAUCAAAAGCAAUGAACAAAAACCCCAUAGUCAAUGGCAAGAACCAACAGAAGUUGCUGAACUUGAAAACUUCAGUGUGACCUACAAGAAUGAGAGAAAUUUUAGCAAGCAUCCCAAACAUAAGCUGUUUCAAGAGAUCUUUACAGCUUUAGUUAAGAACAGACUCACCAGCAGGUCAUGGGUUAAUCAGGCUCCAUCCAUCCAUUUUCUUAGAGUAUUAAUCUGCCUGAGAUUACUAAUAAGGGAUCCAUGCUAUCAGGAAAUGCUCCACAGCUUGGGUGGGAUUGAAAAUCUAGCUCAGUAUAUGGAAACAAUAGCAAAUGCCUAUCUGAAUUACGGAGAAGAGCAACACAAUGUCGACAAGUUGGUAAACAUGACAUACAUUUUCCAAAAGCUUGCUGCUGUUAAAGAUCAAAGAGAAUGGGUUAUAGCAAGUGGAGCACAUAAAACCUUAGUAAAUCUGUUAUCUGCCAGAGACAGCAACGUGCUUUUGGGUGCCCUCCUCGCUCUGACUAGCUUAGCAGAAAGUCCAGAAUGUAGGGAGAAGAUAAGUGAGCUCACCAUUGUUGAGAACUUGCUGGUGAUAUUACGUGAAUACGAUUUGCUUUCUAAAAGGCUUACAGCAGAGUUGCUACGUCUCCUCUGUGCAGAGUCACAAAUCAAAGAGCAAAUAAAAAUGUAUGAAGGAGUUCCAGUCUUGCUCAGUUUACUCCAUUCUGAUCAUAUCAAACUUCUACGGAGUAUAGUUUGGAUUCUAGUACAGGUUUGUGAAGACCCUGAGACUAGUGCAGAAAUCCGAAUUUGGGGUGGAAUCAAGCAGCUCCUUCAUAUAUUACAGGGGGAAAGAAAUCUUGUUUCUGAUCGCUCUUCAGUUGGAAGUUUAUCUAGUGCGAAUGCAGCAGGGAGAAUCCAACAUCUUCACUUGUCAGAUGAUUUGAGUCCUGAUGAGAUGCAAGAAAAUACUUUCUCACUUCAAGCAGCUUGUUGUGCUGCAAUUACUGAACUGGUGCUCAAUGAGACUAACGCUUACCAGGUAGUACAGGCAAAUGGAAUAUAUACAAUAGCAAAGCUGAUUUUACCAAACAAAAAAAGGAAUGUUGAAAAAGCUGAUUUAAUGCAGUGUUAUGCAUUCAGAGCUCUGAGAUUUCUCUUCAGUAUGGAAAGAAAUCGACAUAUUUUUAAAAGACUUUUCCCUACUGACUUGUUUGAAAUCUUCAUUGAUAUUGGACAUUAUGUGCGUGAUAUCAGUGCUUAUGAAGAGUUGGUAUCAAAGCUGAAUUUAUUAAAGGAGGAUGAACUGAAGCAAAUUGCUGAAAGUAUUGAGAACAUGAACCAGAACAAGGCACCUACGAAACAUAUAGGCAAUUAUGCAAUUUUAGAGCACCUUGGUAGUGGAGCUUUUGGAAGCGUGUAUAAGGUUAGAAAACAUAAUGGACAGAAUCUCCUGGCACUGAAAGAAGUCAAUUUACACAAUCCAGCAUUUGGAAAGGACAAAAAAGACAGAGACAGCAGUGUAAAGAACAUUGUCUCUGAAUUAACCAUCAUCAAAGAGCAGCUUUAUCAUCCAAAUGUUGUACGAUAUUAUAGAACCUUCUUGGAAAAUGACAGGUUGUACAUAGUCAUGGAGCUCAUAGAGGGAGUGCCAUUGGGAGAACACUUGCACUCUUUGAAGGAAAAGCAACAACAGUUUACAGAAGAAAGAAUAUGGCAUAUAUUCAUCCAACUUUGUCUAGCUCUUCGUUAUCUGCAUAAAGAGAAGAAGAUUGUUCAUCGAGAUCUCACUCCAAACAAUGUCAUGCUGGGGGAUAAAGACAAAGUUACUAUUACUGACUUUGGGCUUGCAAAGCAGAAGCAAGAGAACAGCAAACUUGCAUCAGUGGUGGGAACCAUUCUAUACUCAUGCCCUGAAGUUGUAAAGAGUGAGCCGUAUGGAGAGAAGGCUGACGUCUGGGCUGCAGGAUGCAUCCUUUAUCAGAUGGCAACUCUGAACCCACCAUUUUAUAGCACCAAUAUGCUCUCUUUGGCAACCAAGAUAGUAGGGGCUGUGUAUGAACCUGUGCCAGAAGGACUGUACUCUGAAAAAGUGUCGUUUACCAUUCAGAGAUGCUUGACUCCUGAUGCAGAGGCACGUCCAGACAUCGUGGAGGUCAGCUCACUGCUGUCUGAUGUGAUGAUGAAAUACCUGGAUGUUUUAUCCACCUCUCAUCUCAUGUUGGAGAAGAAGCUUGAUCGGGAGAGGAGACGAACGCAGAGGUACUUCAUGGAGGCUAAUCGAAAUGCAAUAACCUAUCACCAUCAGCUUUCCAUUUUAUCACAAAAAAAUUAUGAGAAAUUGAGUCUUCAUAGCAGCAGCAGUAGAACAGUCAGCUACAGAAGUGAUUUUUCAGAAAAUGCUGACCUCCCGGCUGAAAGCCGUCAAUCUGCACGUGGAAAAGAUGAGGAAAGAACAUGUGAAGAAAUCCUGGUAGAGGAUCACAGCACUUCAGAGAACUCUGAGAAAGAUAUGUUCUCUGAAUUAGAUGAUGAGCUGGACAUAUUGGACAACUCAAACAGCUCCAGUUCAAGUCACUUGAAAGAGUCUACUAUUGGUAUAAUUAAACGAAGUUUUUGUGCUUCUGAAAGUCAAGCUCAGAAUAGAGUUUAUACGGAAGGUCCGGGAUCAAGACUGCGACCAGCUUUACUGCCUAUUGAUCUGUUUUUGAGAGUGAGCAGGGCUACUAGGAAAACAAAGGACUCGUUUGUGACAGGGUGGCAGUCCCAUAGCCUUCUAGUUCUUUACAAUAUGCAAAAUCAUGCAUCAGCAGGAAUUGCUGUGUCACAAAGGAAGGUGCGUCAGAUCAGUGACCCCGUUCAGCAGAUUCUUAUUCAGCUGCACAAAAUUAUCUUCAUCACUCAACUUCCUCCAGCUUUGCAAUGCAACUUGAAAAGGAGAAUCAUUGAGAGAUUUAAGAAGUCCCUCUUCAGCCAGCAGAGCAAUCCUUGUAAUCUGAAAUCAGAAAUGAAAAAGCUGCUGCAAGGUUCUCCUGAACUGAUUGAUCCAAACUUCUUCACAGCAGAUUGGCACGUGGUACUUCUCUCUUCAGGUGGAAAUAUGUUGCUUCCAGAUGACAGGAAAGGUAUUGUUGGCAAUUCUGACAUAGCAGAAGGGAUGACAUAUGAACAGUUGCAGACUCUAAUUGAAGAGGUUCUAGAGGAAAGUGGUUAUUACAAUUUCUCUUCUAACGGGUAUCUCUACUGUCCAAGGGGAACAAAGAACUAUCCAGCAAAAGAAGAGAACUUGUAAUUCUGAACAAAGGGUUCAGAGUUGUUCCUGAUGAAGUCAACCUGCCUAUACUUCAGCUAAGGCUGUCUGAUUACCAAAGGGACAAGCUUUGCUCCUUAGAUAGCAUUCAGAUGGAAUACCAGUGUGGGACAGCUUCAAGAGACCACACAUGAUAUUUCAGGAUGAUGCUGUUAACUUUAGCUUUGUUUACAGCUUAAGCACUUUAAAAGAAACAUUGGGAAAGAUGCUUCCAGGUUUAUACAUUAGGAGGAAAACACAAUUCCCAACAGUACUUCUAUUUUUAUAUACAUUUUUAAAAAGAAUUGUUGCAUACAGGUUUUAAGAAUGAUAGUUCUAAGCCUGUAACCUGUUUAUAUUCAUGUAUGUCUUCUAUGGGAAGAAAAUGAGCUUUGUAA